UCAGAAGCAUUUUUAUUGGAACACUCGGUGUCAUUAGAGCGCUCUCUUUGCAUCAAAUCCUUCGCAUCAAAGAGCAAGCAAUUUUGCAACGCAAGCUGCUGCUGCCCCCCCCCAGCAGCUGCGUAUUUUGAUAUUCCCCUCUCUCUCAGACUAAGAAUAACCUGACCCUCGACGGCUUACUUAGUAGAUUGCACCCUUGAUAAAGCAGAAAAUCAAACUAUGGUGCCUCCUCCAGUUUCAUCGGCGGGGUCGAUGGACGAGCGCAGAAGUGCCAUUGACGACGAGACUGACUUGCUUACUGGCCCUCGUGACAUCAAGGAUCCCAUAAUUACGAGCACGGCUAAACGACCAGACUUUCCCCACCACCCCUAUCCAUCUGGUGAGGUAAGUUUGUCCUUCACACAUGAAGUCUCGCCCGCGUUUUCAUCUUCAACUCCCACUGCAGCUGAUGCCAACUCCUCCACCUCACUCUCCUCUUCGAAACCUCGAGGCCUUCUCCACGUUUCCCUGCGCAACGUUCGCCACGCAGAUGCCAGUAAGGACCUCGAGGCCAAGCGACUUUUCGAAGUGAUCGACAAAAACCGGACGCACUUGCGCGAAUGGCUGCCCUGGCUGGACUUCGUGCGAAAAUUCGAAGACGAGUUCUUCUUCCUAGACAAGACGAAAUCAGACGGGGAAGCAGGCAGAUCUUUCGUGCAGGUGAUCGAAGUUCUUGUGACUGCUUCUAGCGCGGCUGCAGAUGAUGAUGACGUCGCAUCCUUUGAUGUCGACGUGCCGGCAGUUGCCACAAUCGCCGGUCUCUGUGGUUUCAACUUCAUCGACCACGAUCGAAGGAUCGGCUACAUUGGGUACUGGCUGUCGCAGGAUUUUGAAAGGUGCGGCCUGAUGACGAAAUGUGUGGAGCAGCUGGUGGAGUAUGGACGAAGAGAGUUUCAGCUGCAGCACUUCGACAUCUCCUGUGCCGUCGGGAACCUGAAGAGCCAGAAGGUCGCGGGGAAGCUCAUGGGGUUUCAGAAGUUAGAGGGCGUGAAAGACGUGGAGAAGUUGUACGGUGUGGAGCAUGAGUUAGUGUCUUUCGUGAAAACCGUGGCUGAUACUAAGCCGGACUAUUCUGCGCGGGAAGCGCGGAGGGAUUACCACAUCAGAGAUGUGAUGCAGUAGGGGUGAAGUAACAGUAAGUAAGUUACGUAGAACAAAGUCGAUCCGGAUGAGCUGCUUAUGUUGAGUUGGUUGAUGAACUACAACUAUCCUGCAAGCAAGGUACUCACAUAGAGACAGUACGAAAGCCUGGUGGGGCCCGUCCAGCAGGCCCUGGCCCAGUAGUAGUCGCCACAUGAUGACGAGCAUUAUUUUUAACAUGGACCACGCUGAACCCCAGGCGGGCGACGAGUUUGUGUAGAAUAGUAACGAGAUUCGAAAAGCUUCGCCCGCUCGGCGUGACAACGCAAACUUGCGCUAGAAUGGGUAGUGGGCUUCGUGGAGGUGGUGGCUGAGUAAGCAAGGAAGGCGGCCCACUCCGGGGGGGGAGACCGGCCCCAACCCGUCCUGCAGGAACGCGCAGCCGCUUGCGCGAACUUUUUUCGCAGAGGCGCAGUGGUACUCGGUAGGGAACACACGCGAAGCCUUCGCUGGGGGAUGGCGCCGCAGUUUCCCGGUCGCGGGGAAGACCGCCCCAAGCCCCCCCCUGUGUGCGCGCUUCUUUUUCUGCGUUGCAUGUAUGGAGGAUCCGACUCAUUUUCCUGUGUACACAUCAGAACCACCCAGAGAGAAGAAGUCGCUGCGGCAGCGAUGAAGAGACUAAAAUCGCCCUCUCCUGCUUCCAUGAAGAAACUUUUUAGCCCUUUGCUGCGCAAUACCCCGCGCAGGAUAGACGAUGGCGAUGAUGACGAUGAUGAUGAUGAUGAUGAUAAAAAGCAAAUGAUCGAUCAGAAAAGAUACUUAGCCAAGGACUUUAGAAGUUGCGCAGCCGGCCGCGCAGUCAUGCCUGCUAGCCGGCACGCGAGAUCUGCAGCAGGCAAGGCCCAGGAGGACCAUGAAACGAUGAGCAAAAAGGUACGUCGGGCACGUAUGCCUGGCUUUGGUUCAUACAAUCGCCCCACCCUUUUCUAUCCCCGUUUCAUUUCCGAACAGCGACGCACCUAGUUUCUGCGCUUCUUUUUUCCACUGCAAUCAUUUACAUUUACAGAAGUCCCAGCUUUUACCCAUUGCUAGAAACUCUGCCGCUGUGUUGGCGCCGUCGGUCUUGUAACUCUCUAUCACGUCGCGCCAUCUCCUCCUGCAAGCGCAAUUUCGCAUCUAGUAGUAGAAGCUUGCGAGAUACACUCCACUCUGCAACCAAUGUCGAAGCCGGAUUUUCCCAAUCACCCGGAUGAGAAGGGGCGAAGGGUGGACUUACUUCGGGGCGCCAUGUACCACCGGCGCACGGGUUCGGAGAGAGAGAAGCGCGCCGACGGCGCAAACCCUGCGGAAUGCAUCUGGGUCGGGGACACGAAGGCCGCUAGCGGCCACGUCGUUUGCUGGUUCUUCACGUCGCAGGAACCAAAGGGACAAAAGGAGCCCGCCAGCGCUAUGCUGGCGCGCGGGCGACGAAUGGUGGCUGAUAUCAAUCAUGGCGCCCGGGGAAGUACAUCAUGGACUUGGACUACCGAGCCUCGGAAAAUUUUAUAGACGUGGCGGAUGGGGCCUUCCGCGAGUUGCGGCCUGGCGUGACUCUGCGUCCGAACUAUUUCAGAAGUAUGUAGAUAACAGGACGGCACCGAGCUAGAAUCUGUAGAUGAGGGCGAGCUUUUGCGAAGUCUCCGCGGCUAUGUUAUCGCUCUGCGUAUAUAUUUUCCAAAACCCAAAGUCCAGGGCUGAAUUGCGAUUGCAGUACAUUUUUCACGCGGCGCGCUAGCAGCUCCGUGCGCGUAGCCCUCUUGCGCACGUUCAGGGAGCGCCGCGUGCGUCGCAAGAGUUGUCUCCCCAGGGGCUGAGGCUCGAGCGUGUGUUGCGCCACUGGUGUGCCUGUGGUGUUAUUAGAACGAAGUGGACACGUUGGCGUCUGUCGGCACUGUUGACUUCUGCGUAGGAAGCUGCCUCGCGAUGAGUUCAAACGUGGCGCCCCUGCCUCGAUCGUUCUAUUUUCAUCUUCCGCCCGGCUUUUUCUUUGCGUUAGAUAGGGCGUCGCCACGCGCAACUCGUCGGCCCCUCGAUCGUCGCUGUUAUCCUUUGUCAUCUGCUAGGCUUCAGCGUGUCGCCGCUUUCUGUCGCGGCGCCGGGUCGGUAGGUUCUAGCUAUCGUUUACGCGGGUGCCUGUGCUUUCGUCUUUCGCGAAUUGAGCGGAAGCUCCGUGCCACAACUUCUCGGACAUGAAUGAUGGCGAUGAUGAUGAAGAUGAUGACGAUUUAUUGAAGUGCGGGGGGCCCUCGCCCCCCCCCGCGCCCCCCCCGCCCUUGCGAUAUGAUGACGAUGAUGGUGAUGGCUGGACGUGUGAAAUUUUUAUGAUGUUUUGCUGCCGUUUGGAUAUGUUGCUUGAUGAACCGCCACAAUCUCACGAAUGAUGACGACGAUCAUGAUUAUUAUCCCCGCCCCACGUACACGAUGACGAUGAUGAUGAUGAUGAGGAAGUGCGGGGGGCCCUCGCCCCCCCCCGCGCCCCCCCCGCCCUUUCGAUAUGACGAUGAGGAUGGUGAUGGCUGGAUGUGUGGGAUUUUCAUGAUGUGUUGUUGACAUUUUGAUAUGUUGACUGAUGAGUCGCCACAGUCUCAAGAGUGAAUGACGCCUCUUCGCCCCAGUCUCUGAUGUGAAUGACGAUGAUGAUGAUAGAGAUCAUUCGUCUGCGUUUUCAGUGCAGAGUAUGAUUUUAAGACUGCGAUGAAGAUUUUAAGAUUGAAAUAGUGAUGGCAUGAGAGUGUAUAUAAUUUUUUCAAGAUGGAGACUAUGAAUGAGAUUGAGACGAAGACUCCGAGAUCGAGACAUUGUGUCUAAGAUCGAAGAUUAUGACUUUCGAAAAGAAGGUAUGGCUUUGAGAUCGCGAGAAUGAUUCGGGGAUCGAGAUGAUGGAUUAUGUUUUUCUAUAUGAGAUUAUGACUUGAAGGUCGAGAUAGUGGCUCAUGAUGAUUCUAAGAUUGAUGAUUCUAAGAUCAAGAUUGAAUUUUGUGAAUCUGAAUGCUGUGAAUUUUGUGAACUCCGAGCAAGUCUUAUCAUGAUGUGCGACGAAGAAGAACUCAAAAAGUUCAGUGAACUCAAAAGGUGCACUGAACUCAAGAGAUGCAUUGAACUCAAAAGGUGCACUGAACUCAAAAGGUGCACUGAACUCUUUUGAAUUUUUGUUAAAGUUGUAGAUAUGACUAUCAAUACCAAACGCAAAAGGUAGUAGGGCAGUAGCAAAGCGUGAGUGUAGUCUUGAAGAAAAAAAUCAAUAUUAGCUCUGAAAGCGUCACUUCACCCAAGUCGUUGCUCACAGACACAAGAAGACAACCAUGAUUGUCCACGAUGAUGAAGAUGAUGAUAAUAGCACUACUGCGCAUUUGCAGUCAGCUUUAAUAUCGUAUCUGCUUGGUUUUCUAGGACUAUUAUUUGCUGUCAGCAUUGUGAAGCACGAACACGAUAUAAUGAAUGAUCAAUUAUGAAUUAAAACUUCGACUACAACAGUAACUCGAUGGCACAGCGACAAAAAGGAAAAGCAUGACUUACUUUCUGUGCAGCGCACAAUAAGAAAAGUGCACUCUCGAAAUCGGACAGCACGACGGUC